ACAAACCGCGUAUAAUAAAUAAAACGUUGUCAUUCCUAAAGGAUCCAGCUUACAAGCCUAUCUUCAUUCAAAAGAUUAAAAAAACCAUGGAGAAAUAUGUUUUUUCAAUGGUUGCUUUUCUCUUAGUUUUAGCACUAAUGGCUACCCUUUUUUCACCAUCAGAUGCUGUAUUCAAAGGUGCAUUUGAAGAAAAUUUCAGCAAAAGUUGUCCAGGUACACAUUUCAAGACUUCUCAAGAUGGACAGAUCUGGUAUCUUACAUUAGACCAAGUAUCAGAUUGUGGCUUCAUGACUAAGCAGAGCUAUAGAUUUGGUUGGUUUAGUACAAAGUUGAAAUUAGUAGGAGGUGAUUCUGCUGGUGUUGUAACAGCAUUUUAUAUGUGUUCAGAAGUAGAGGCAGGGCCAUUGAGGGAUGAGAUAGAUUUUGAGUUCUUGGGAAACAGAACAGGGCAGCCUUAUCUUAUUCAAACAAAUGUGUACAACAAUGGUAGUGGUGGACGUGAGAUGAGGCAUCAACUAUGGUUUGACCCUACUCUAGACUUCCAUACUUAUUCCAUUCUUUGGAACUCUCAUAACAUUGUGUUUUUUGUGGAUAAGGUACCAAUAAGGAUAUACAAGAACGCGAAUCACACGAACAAUUUCUUUCCUGCCCAGAGGCCAAUGUACGUGUUUUCUAGCAUAUGGAAUGCAGAUAAUUGGGCUACUAGAGGAGGCUUAGACAAGAUAAACUGGAAAAAUGCACCAUUUGUAGCAUCUUAUAAGGACUUCACUAUAGAUGCUUGUACAUGGAAAAAUCCUUACCCUGCUUGUGCUUCCACCACCACACAGCACUGGUGGGAUCAGUACAGUGCUUGGCACUUAUCAAGUAAACAGAAGACUGAUUAUGCUUGGGUCCAGAGGAACUUUGUGGUUUACAAUUAUUGCCAGGAUACUGUGAGGAACCGUUACAAGCCUCAGGAGUGUUGGUUAAAUCCCUUGGACUAAUAUAUUAAAGAAGAUACUAGAUAAGAUUCUUUUGAGAGUUAAAAAUUGUAGUAUUUUGAUUUUGAGUGUAUAUAUUGGGACUCUGUCCUACUAAUUCGGGAUUGAGCCAUGGUAGAUCCAUUGAUUGGUACUAUAUUGCAAUCCGUCUAUUGGAAAAAAACAUGACGUUACUACUAUUGGAAAGUGAAAGAGUUAUUCUUGGUGUAAUCUGUAAAUAUGUAAUGUUUAUUCAAAGAAAUUAAGAUUUCAAUUUCAAAUAGUUGUUUAAGAA